CAACUACAUCAGCACCUGACUCAUCUCGACUUACUUCACUGGAUUCCCUGAACCAAACUCCGACUUUAUAAACACACACCUGAUUCUCUACGUCCAUAGGUCCCCACCAACAAAAUUUCUCGCCUAUUCGCUAGAGCACUAAAAGAGAUGGCACGAGGCGGCCGCGGCGGCGGCUCUCGCAAUCCUGCAAACCAACCUCGCGAAGUCCAGGUUUCCCGAAAGGUCAGCUGGCUGCUGCGCCAUGGCGCGAGUUCAGAAGGCCUGAAGCUAGGCAAAGGCGGCUACGUCAGCGUGGCCGACGCACUCAAUACGCGAGCCCUGAAGAGUCUGAAGAUCACAUUCGAGGAAUUGAAAGAAGUGGUUGCCAAAAACGAUAAGCAGCGGUUCUCCAUGAUCCUUGCUUCUUCGCAGGAUAAGAUUGAAUCGGCGGACGGCGCGAACCCAGCACAAGAAGCCGAAGCCCAGGAAGCAGCGAAGGGGAGUGAUGAUCCAAACGACUACCUCAUCCGCGCAAACCAAGGCCAUUCAAUCAAAGUCGACACCGAAGGUCUGCUUACGCCCAUCACGCUUGCGGCUAACAACGUGCCUGCCACAGUCGUCCACGGCACCGAUGAGCGCGCUUGGGAUUUGAUUCUGAAAGGUGGCGGCUUGAGACGGAUGACCAGAAACCACAUUCACUUCGCAUCGGGCUUGCCUGCAGGAUUCAAGCCCCUUUCAUCAUCGGUCGAAUCCGCAGAUGGUCAAGAGAAGGAUGCCGCACCUGUGAUCUCGGGAAUGCGCAUGUCCUCUACGAUUCUGGUUUACAUCGACAUCAACGCCGCGCUGGAAGCGGGUAUCAAGUUCUUCGUCUCUGAGAACGGCGUCAUUCUCACAGAGGGCAAUGAGCAGGGCGUGCUACCGUCUGAGUUUUUCUCAAGAGUUGAGAGCCGCAAGAAGGAUGGUGGCGUGUUGAUGAGCGGUGGCAAGCUGCCUGAAGGCGUGGUCGUUGAUGUCGAAGAGUGGGAGAAGGAGAUGCGCAAUAUUGGCGGGAAACGGGGCGGGAGAGGGGGAAGGGGUGGACGAGGCGGUGGGAGAGGUGGUGGGAAGGCAAGGGCGAAUGAUGAUUCGAGGGAUCUGAUAGCUGAUGUGGAGUAG